AUGAUCCCUGCGUUGCAACACGGCAAGAAGCAAGCAGCAAGCAGCCUUUUGUCGCCGGCUGCGGUAGCACCAGUCUCGGCAACGGCUCUCUUGGCAGAAGAAGCAGAAGCAGAAGCAGCAGAAGCAGCAGAAGCAGCAGAAGCAGCAGAAGCAGCAGAAGCAGCAGAAGCAGCAGAAGCAGAAGCAGAAGCAGCAGCAGCAGGAGCAGCAGCAGCAGCAGCAGAAGCAGCGCCGUCACCACGCGCCUACUUGCUCCCGAUGAGCUUGCCGUCGUCCCAGACCCACGGCGCAUUCCUGGGGCACUCGACAGCAGCGCACAUGCAGUCGUCCCUUGUAAUCGUUCGCGAGCAGCUCAUGACGUUCUUGCCCGCGUCGCAGCAGCAGCAGGCGUUCUUGGCAGCAGCAGGACGAGCGUCCCGGACGGCCGGUGAUGACGCGGGCGCCUCCGGCCUGGGGGCUCGGGCGGAGCCGUCGUCUUGGUACACGACGGGAGCGUCGUCGGGGCACUGGACGGCCGCGCACACGCAGUCCUUUUCCAGCACCGACAGGUUGCAGCUGAUGACGCUGCGGGAAAUAUCGCAGCAGCAGCAGGCGUCGGCGGGCGACUGGGCAAGGGGGUGA